AUGCUCCGCUCUCGUUUUCUUCGCUGUGCGCUCACCGGUGCGGCGAAGGUACCGGAGCAACUGCCUGAUUGGGCCAUCGAAAAGCGCACUUACCUGAGCUUGGCACUCGACCGAUGGGCACUUAAAGUGCAGCGCUUCGCCAUAAAGUUGAUCGCUGUCAGCGAUCGCAUGAUGGGUGUGCAGCCGAAGGAGGAGCUCUAUCGCAUUCCGCGUCUCUUGAAGGUGAACGGGAAGCGGCCGACCGUCAUGGAUAACUGCUUCAUCGCACCAAGCGCUUUAGUCACCGGCGAUGUGCAUGUGGGGCGAAAGAAUUAUAUCGGCUACAAUGCCAUUAUCCGGGCUGAAGAGGGGGAGAGCAUUCACCUUGGUGAAAGCUGCAACGUGCAGGAGAAGGCGAUAGUCACGGGAAACACAACGGUGGGCAAGUGGACUACGAUUGAGCCCAUGGCCAUCGUCGAGUCUGCUGAUAUUGCGUCGUGCUCGUUUGUGGGAGCCAGCGCGAUCGUCAUGAAAGGUAGCAGUAUCGAAUCCGGCGCCAUGCUGUGCGCGGCGAGCGUCUUGCAGUCUGGCGCGAUUAUCCCUUCCGGUGAGAUGUGGGCCGGCAACCCGGCCCAGAAAGUGGCCGACCUCACGGAGAAAGAGAAGGAUGCCAUUAUCAAGGCGGCGAAGCACUCUGUCCUGCUCGCUAUCGAGCACCACGACUCGUGGGAGCUUACCUGGGAGGAAAUUGAGGACCAACGCGACGCUCGAGAGCUUUUUGCGCGGUACGCCGAAGGCAACCGGGAGCUGCGUGUCAAGGCCAUGUACAUCAAGGAGCCGCCGCGACCGAACCGAAAGAAGAUGGGCCGCCGCACGCCACACGAGCUGGUCAACGGCAGCGAGAACUCUCCCGCAAUGACUGAGAGUAUUCACCAGGGCUACUAA